AGAGUCCAAAACCUCCAUGAAAACAUUCAAUUCGAAGCUUUCUCUCUCUAGUUUCAAAUUCUGAUUAAUAACAGAGCACAUAAUCUAUGUCUUCUCUAUCUAUCCGUGCUCCAACAUGGGUUUCCAGGCGUCGGCUCUUAGAACACAAGCUUUCAGAAUUACAAGAACAUGCAAAUUUAAACCAUCUUAAGCAAGUCUACGCACUUAUCUACAAGGAAAAUCUCCAUCAAGACCUUUUCAUCUCAACCAAACUCAUCGAUUCCUUCUCUCUUUGCGGACAAACGAUGUCAGCCGUUAAUGUAUUCAAUCAGACGCUCCAUCACGAUACGCGUAUUUUCAAUAAGCUUAUAAGAUCUCAUAUUCAGAACUCUGAGAAUCCGCAAGCCUUUUCUACUUUCAUCCAAAUGCAAAAGGUUGGUGUUCAACCUGACAAUUUCACAUAUUCUUUUAUAUUGAAGGCCUUAUUCGGUCGCCAAGAUGCAUUCCCUUUGGUUCAAAUGGUUCACGCUGCUGUAGAAAAGAAUGGAUUUUGUUCAGAUGUGUAUGUUCCCAAUUCCUUAAUUGAUACAUACUCAAAGUGUGGUUGUGUUAGUGAAGCUAGAAAGUUGUUUGAGAUUAUGGAGAAUCGGGAUAAAGUGUCUUGGAAUUCGAUGAUAAGUGGAUUGGUAAAGACAGGUGAGUUAGAUCAUGCACGUUUACUGUUCGAUGAAAUGCCUGAAAGGAAUUCGUAUAGUUGGAAUAUAAUGAUUGAUGGGUAUGUUAAAUCUGGGUAUAUGAAUUAUGCAUUGGAACUGUUUGAUAAAAUGCCUGAAAGAAAUGUGGUGUCUUGGACUACCUUAAUUUCUGGGUUUUGUAAAGUUGGGGAUAUGAAAAUGGCAGGAAUGUUGUUUGAUCAAAUGCCUGUUAAGAAUUUGGUUACUUGGACUGCAAUAAUAUCUGGAUUUGCUGAAAAGGGUCUUCUAAAGGAGGCAAUUAGUUUGUAUGAACAAUUGAAGAACUCAUCAGGGUUUCAAUUAGAUGAUAGUUCCAUAAUUGCUAUCUUAUCAGCUUGUGCUCAAUCUGGUUUACUUGGAUUAGGAAAAAAUCUUCAUGAGUAUAUGAAUCGAACCCGAUAUAACUUCAAGACUGGUGUUUCAAACGCUUUACUCGCUAUGUAUUCUAAAUGUGGCAAGCUUACAAUGGCUGUGAAUGUAUUUAACGAAAUAAGGAAGAAGGACUUAGUUUCUUGGAAUGCCAUGAUUCAAGGUUUAGCCAUGCAUGGACAAGGCGAAGAAGCGCUUGUUCUUUUCUCAAGGAUGAAACGCGAAGGAUUUGAACCGGAUGAAUUUACUUUCGUUGGGGUUUUAAGUGCAUGCACUCACGCUGGUCUCACCGACGAAGGCCUUAGAUUCUUCUACGAAAUGGAAACAAAAUAUGGAAUAGUUCCUCGAAUUGAGCAUUACGGGUGUGCAGUUGAUCUUUUGGGUCGGGCUGGACGUCUGAUGGAUUGUUUUCGGCUGGUGAAUGAUGAUAUGCCAAUGGAUGCGAAUGCGAUCAUUUGGAGUACGUUAUUGGCUGCUUGUCGGCAAUAUAAUGAUGUGGAACUCGCGAAAAUUGUAGAAGGACGGUUGAGGAAACUUGAAAUGAAGGAGGAUGGAAACUUUUCGAUGAUGUCGAAUAUUUAUGCGGCUGCUGGGGAUUGGGAUGGUGUUGCGGUUGUAAGGACACAAAUGAAGAACAUGGUUUUUGAUAAGGUUUCGGGUGCUAGUUCGAUCGAGUUAGACGAGGAAGUUCAUGAAUUUACCGCGAAAGAUACUAAACAUAAGGAUUUGGAAAAUAUAUAUAGGGUAAUUGAUUGGUUAGGGUUACAUCUUAAGAAAGUUGAAAAUUGUUGUGUUGAUGAUGAACAUUGUUUUGUUUAUACUUGUUAAAGUUAUAAAUCUAACACUAAAUUAUUAGUGUGUU